UGUAAAUGUCCGCAAAAUAAUAAAAUGGUCAUUUUGACUUUUAAUUUUAAUACUAAUCAUGGUAAAUAAACUUAAUAAGAACGCUAUACAAGCUCAUAAUGAACUUAGAGCGUUGCAUGGUUGUCCGAAAAUAAGUUAUGAUUCAAAACUGGCUAGUGAUUCUCAAAAGUGGGCUGAACACUUGGCUUCAACAGAUUGUAUGCAGCAUAGUAAAGCAGAUGGAUAUGGUGAAAAUUUAGCAUUUCAAAUGUCUACAGCCGGUGCAUCACUGAAUGGUCGUGAAGCAACUCGAAAUUGGUACGAUGAAAUUAAGCAACAUGAUUUCAAUGGACAAAAUCAACCUGGGACAGGACAUUUUACUCAAGUAAUUUGGAAGUCAACUAAUAAAGCAGGAUUCGGUUCUGCAUUCUCCAAAGAUGGAAAGAAAGUGUACGUAGUGGGACGUUACAAACCAGCCGGAAAUAUAAUUGGUUAUUAUGCAGAUAAUGUACCGAAACCAAAGAAAGCGCCUCCACCAAGAGAUGAAUUUAACAAAAUACCAGAAAGUAAAUGUUCAAUAUUGUAACUUGUAUCUGGAUUCGAUCAAUUGUUAAAUACACGUUAUUAAUAAAUGGAUCACGAUCAAAAUAUGACUGCUCAUUUAAGACAAAAUUAUAUAUAUAUAUAUAAGUAUUUGUUAUCAGUUGACUUUAUUUCACAAUAAGUGAAGAUUUAUAAUAUGAUGAGAUGAAUAUUUGAUAGAUCUGUUUGUUUAAUGAAUUCCUUUAUAUAUAAUAUUAAAAGUUUAUUUUCUCAUA